GCACGCCACGGACGAAAAACCAUGAAUUAGUGCCGUAAAUUAACUAAAAUCGUGUUAACUAAUAGUAAAAUAUUUAUAUCAUCAUAAAAUUCUUGUACAGCUACUCAGCUAGUGGGUAUAGUGCCUACUAAUCGCAAUUAUGGCGUCAAAUGAAGGUCGAAGCGUUCAGUCCAACUUGCAUCAGCAAGACUUGUCGAAAUUGGAUGUAACAAAGCUGUCUGCGUUGUCUCCCGAAGUGAUAUCAAGGCAGGCGACUAUAAACAUUGGCACGAUUGGUCAUGUAGCUCAUGGAAAGUCCACUGUAGUAAAAGCCAUCUCAGGAGUACAGACUGUCAGAUUUAAGAAUGAACUGGAGAGAAAUAUUACCAUUAAAUUGGGUUACGCCAAUGCAAAAAUCUACAAAUGUGACAAUCCUAAAUGCAAGCGACCCACAAGCUACAUCUCAGGGGGUUCAUCGAAGGAUGAUAGCUUCCCGUGUCUUCGCGCAUCUUGCACCGGUCGCUUCCAACUCGUGCGACACGUGAGCUUUGUCGACUGCCCAGGGCACGACAUUCUUAUGGCCACCAUGCUUAACGGUGCCGCUGUCAUGGACGCCGCGCUUUUACUUAUUGCUGGAAAUGAGUCCUGCCCCCAGCCCCAAACUAGUGAACAUUUAGCUGCGAUUGAAAUCAUGAAGCUGAAGCACAUCCUCAUACUGCAGAAUAAGAUCGAUCUUGUGAAAGAGGGCCAGGCGAAGGAACAAUAUGAGCAAAUUGUCAAGUUUGUACAGGGCACUGUUGCGGAAGGCGCUCCCAUUGUCCCUAUAUCUGCUCAGUUGAAGUACAAUAUUGAGGUGCUGUGCGAAUACAUAACAAAGAAGAUUCCUGUUCCUUUGAGAGAUUUCACGUCGCCCCCGCGUAUGAUUGUGAUCCGUUCGUUCGAUGUGAACAAGCCAGGUUGUGAGGUCGAUGACCUUAGAGGCGGAGUCGCAGGCGGCUCCAUUUUGCAGGGUGUUCUCAAAGUUGGAAUGGAGAUCGAGGUUCGACCGGGUCUAGUAAGCAAAGACGCGGACGGCAAGCUGACGUGUCGACCGAUCUUCUCGCGAAUCGUGUCUCUCUUCGCGGAGCAGAAUGAGCUCCAGUAUGCCGUACCCGGUGGCCUCAUCGGAGUAGGCACCAAAAUUGAGCCCACGCUUUGUCGUGCUGACCGUUUGGUUGGCCAGGUACUGGGAGCUGUAGGUGCUUUACCUGGAAUUUUCGUAAAACUUGAAGUAUCAUACUAUUUACUGAAGCGUCUUCUUGGCGUGCGUACCGAAGGUGACAAAAAGGCUGCUAAAGUGCAGAAGUUAACCAAGAAUGAGGUAUUAUUAGUGAACAUCGGAUCAUUAAGCACCGGAGGAAGAGUGAUCGCCACAAAGGCUGAUUUGGCGAAGAUAGCUUUGACCAACCCUGUGUGCACUGAGAUCGGAGAAAAGGUCGCUCUUAGCAGGAGGGUCGAGAACCAUUGGCGAUUAAUCGGCUGGGGACAAAUACAAGGAGGUGAAACAAUCGACCCCGCGACGAAUUAACUGUUGUGUUAUUGACAUACAUAAUACUUUUAUAUUAUACUAACAUAU